GCAGCAGGGGCGGUUGAGAAGUGAAGUCUUGGCCAGAGUUUGCUUCUUGCCAGGAAAUCCGCGGCGGCGGCGGAGAUUCCCGGUGGAGCAGAGACCGACUGCCUCCCUGCUCCCUCAGGGGACCGCGGAGAGAGGAAGCUGGCGCUGGGCUGCGGCGGCGGGAGCCCGAGCGCGCCCCGGGCAGCCGCGCUUUCCCAAGAAAACAGACCUUGGAUUAGAUACAUCACUGUCUGUUAAAGGAAAGGCCAGCAUAUAAGGAUAUAGAAACUGCUUCAGCUGAUUCAAAAUGGGAACGACAAGUGAUGAGAUGGUGUCUGUGGAACAGACUUCCUCCUCCUCCUUAAACCCCUUGUGUUUUGAAUGUGGCCAGCAGCAUUGGACGAGAGAAAACCACUUAUACAAUUACCAGAAUGAAGUGGAUGAUGACCUAGUCUGCCAUAUUUGCCUUCAGCCUCUAUUGCAGCCACUAGAUACCCCCUGUGGACACACAUUCUGCUACAAGUGCCUCAGAAACUUUUUACAGGAGAAAGAUUUCUGCCCACUGGACCGGAAAAGACUUCAUUUUAAGUUGUGUAAGAAGUCUAGCAUUCUAGUUCAUAAACUUUUAGACAAAUUGUUAGUUUUAUGUCCAUUUUCUUCAGUGUGCCAAGAUGUAAUGCAACGCUGUGAUCUGGAGGCACAUCUUAAAAACAGAUGUCCUGGAGCCUCUAAUCGAAGAGUUGCCCUAGAGAGAAGGAAAACUAGUAAAACUCAGGCAGAAAUUGAAAAUGAAAAUGGAUCCACUAUUGUAGAUCCUCCAAGUACUUUGUCACCAGAAACAGACUGUGCGGGGACAGGCACAGUACCUCCCGAGCGGCACUUGACAUCAGCCUCUCUUCCCUCAUGGACUGAGGAGUCUGGCCUUGACAACCCUGCCUUUGAGGAGAACGCUGGGACCGACACCACACAACAGCCGCUGAGUUUACCAGAAGGAGAAAUCACCACUAUUGAAAUUCAUCGGUCCAAUCCUUACAUUCAGUUAGGAAUCAGUAUUGUGGGUGGCAACGAGACACCACUGAUUAACAUUGUUAUCCAGGAAGUCUACCGUGAUGGGGUCAUCGCCAGAGAUGGGAGGCUCCUCGCUGGAGAUCAGAUUCUUCAGGUCAACAACUAUGACAUAAGCAAUGUGUCCCAUAACUAUGCCAGAGCUGUCCUUUCCCAGCCCUGCAACAUGCUGCAUCUCACUGUGCUUCGAGAGAGGCGCUUUGGCAACCGAGCAUACAACCAUUCUGAUGGUAGCUCUCCGAGAGAAGAGAUCUUCCAUGUGGUUCUUCAUAAGCGAGACUCUGGUGAACAGCUUGGCAUUAAAUUAGUCCGAAGGACAGAUGAGCCGGGCGUUUUUAUUCUUGACCUAUUAGAGGGGGGGCUGGCUGCACAGGAUGGGAGGCUCAGCAGCAAUGACCGAGUACUGGCCAUCAAUGGACACGACUUGAAGCACGGAACUCCUGAGCUUGCUGCCCAGAUUAUUCAGGCCAGUGGAGAAAGGGUGAAUUUAACAAUUGCCAGACCAGGGAAACCCCAGCCCGGUAACACCAUUCGAGAAGGAGGCACUCACAGCAGCAGCCAGCACCACGUACAGCCACUGUAUCACAGACCAAGCUCACACAAGGAUCUUACUCAGUGUGUUACAUGCCAAGAAAAACACAUCACUGUAAAGAAAGAACCACACGAGUCCCUUGGAAUGACCGUUGCUGGGGGCAGAGGAAGUAAGAGUGGUGAACUGCCCAUCUUUGUGACCAGCGUGCCACCCCAUGGCUGCCUUGCACGGGAUGGCAGAAUCAAGAGAGGUGAUGUGUUGCUGAAUAUCAAUGGCAUCGAUCUGACCAAUUUAAGCCACAGUGAGGCUGUGGCUGUGCUGAAAGCCAGUGCUGCCUCCCCUGCUGUCGCCCUGAAAGCGCUUGAGGUCCAGAUCGUUGAGGAGGUAACUCAGACCACGGAAGAACAGCCAAGUACUUUCAGCGAAAAUGAGUAUGAUGCUAGUUGGUCCCCAUCAUGGAUCAUGUGGCUUGGGCUUCCAAGUGCCCUUCAUAGCUGCCAUGAUAUAGUUUUACGAAGAAGCUACUUGGGAAGUUGGGGCUUUAGUAUUGUUGGUGGAUAUGAAGAGAACCACACCAAUCAGCCUUUCUUCAUUAAAACUAUUGUCUUGGGAACUCCUGCUUAUUAUGAUGGAAGAUUAAAAUGCGGAGACAUGAUCGUGGCUGUCAAUGGCCUGUCGACUGUGGGCAUGAGCCAUUCUGCGUUAGUUCCCAUGCUGAAGGAGCAGAGGAACAAAGUCACUUUGACAGUUAUUUGUUGGCCUGGAAGCCUUGUAUAGUUUUUUCAAGUUGGUUUUGAGUCUUCCAUCUUCCUUUUUUAGGUUUUUGAAAGAAAACCCUCUUAUUUCAUUGUAUUUCUGGUUGUUAGGAACUAACUACUGAUACAGCUGGUAUAUACAGGGCCCAAAACCACUAAGAUUAUCCAUAUGUGUCUAUUUAAAUGGUUUCCUAAAUUUAGUUACAUUUCUUUGGCCUUGGAAACAGUCUUCCACUAACCCUCGUUAGUUUAUAUUUUCAGAAUUCAGACUCAUAGUUGUCAAAAUAUUGCCUGCAGUGAUGAGCAAAGUAUAUCCAGGCUAUAUGACCCAGCUAGUAAAGUGAAGAAUUUCUGGGGGGUCUUUGUUUUCAAUAACCGAAUCACAGGAUGGGUUAUACAUCUCCCAAGAUGGGUGCCAGUGAAGCCAACAGCAGCAGCAUGUACUGCCACUGUUGAGCCAAUGCCAUGAAUGGAUACUUUUUAAAUUUGGGCAAUAAGUGUUCCCCAUUUUUCAUCGGUGCCAACAUUUCAAAACUUAAUACUGUUUAUAAAGUGAUUUUCUGGUUUAUGUUAUUUAUACUGUAAUCUCUCAAUACUAAUAGAAGUUGAAGAAAAUAAGUCUGACACCACUAAAGAGAUAUUUUUUAUAAAUAAUGUACUAUUAUUAGAAUAGUAGAGAAUAAAAGAUAAUGUUACCCAGUGACAAAGGAAUUUGGAUAGUAAUUAUAGUUUAGUGCUAGAGAUGGUAAAAGCUGCAUUUACUUGAACGGUUGAAAAGCAUUAAAGAUCCAUCUCCAAAGGAAUGUUUUGUUACAUAGGAAAAUGUUGAAGGCAUUUUUGCAAAAAAUCAUUUUUAGAGUUUCUAUUAUACUUGUCACCAAUCUUGGCUGGAAAUGUUUUUGGGAUUUAUGCAAUUAAACUAGAUGAUAAAGAUAAAACCAUAUUGCUAUCAAACACACAUACAUUAUCACAGCUAAGUAGGAAAGGGGAGACCUUUUUAUUUUAUUCAUAUAGGAGUCUUUCUUGAGUGUUUUAGAAACCUUAUUUUCCUCAUUAUUUCUUAAGAACUUAGUUGUUUCAAGUAAGAGACUGAAAAGUUCUGUGUCUUUAAUCUGAAAUAUAGUAGGUUUUAGGUAUUGAUAUGUUUUAAUCAGCUCUUGGUCACUAGGCUAUUUCAUAUUUUUUUGAAAUGUUUUUGAAAACUAUGGCUAGCCCAUUUUGUUUGUCCUUUAUUCAAUACAGUUAUCCUUUGGAGAACACAUAAGUGAAUAAGAGAAAAAUGUCUUUACCUUAUUAAUAUUAUGCAUACUUGAAAAAAGUUUCAUUAAGAAACCUAGUUCAGAAUCUGAGCUAAUUUACAAGUGACCUCUGUAAUAAAUGGUAUUGAUAAUCAGAAUGUAUUUCAAAAUACUACAGUACGAUAUAUUAUGAAGCAUGACCACUUUAUUUUGAAGCUUGGCAGUUGCAUUGUGGAGUUUAUUAUAUCUGUAGCAUGUCACUCAUGAUUUCAGUUAGUUUUAUAAUGAGUUUUUAAAAAUGUAUCUCUUUGAAAUAACUAAGAUAUGGCAACAGUAAUUGCUACUGAUUGUUCAACCCCUUAUCUACACUGUGUAGUCAACAUACAACCAAGAUACAGUGAAUGCCCCAUACAGUAUAUUACUGUUUAUGUGAUGAUUGGCUUUGGAAGCAAUUUAAUAUUUAACUGCUUUGAUAUUCUAGUUGACAUAGAAUGAGUUUUUGUCCUGCUCCCCAAAUAGAAUUUUGUAACCAACUUUGCUAUUUUUUUAAAGUUUGUAAGAAGGUGUCAUUUCUUGGGGAGAGUAGCCAUCCAUCAGCAAACAUCCUAAUUGCUACUUUGCUGUAUGUAAAAUACUUAACAAUAAACCUGGUGGUAUAAUGGGUAUUUUGAAAGAAGACAUUUUUUUCAAUAUUAUUUUUAUCAUGGAAAUCUUGGAAUUGGCUUUAAGCUGUAGCUUUUAUGACAAAAGACUGUCAUUUUUGGUCAGAAUGAUAUUUGGUGAUGGAAAACUAUUCAUAAUUUAUUGUUACUGUAGAACUAUUGGGACUUUCUCAUUUUUAGCUCUGAUAGUUAAAUAUUUUGAUUUGUUCUGUGCCUUCAGUUUAAAUUAUUUCAGGAUUUUCCAGAUGUAUUUAAAUAAUGGUGUGAUAAUCAUUCAGGAUGGAAAUAAAAGUCAUCCUUUC